GCAACCGGGAAAUUCGGCCCAGCAGGUGGCGGGGCAGGGGGCUGGCAGGCGGAAGGCGUGGCCUGGAGGGGGCUGCAGGGAGAGGGCGGGGACUCGCGCUCAGGUGAAACUCUUCCUCCUAGUCGCCAGCGAAGAGGAGUAGGGGUCGCAGACUGGACCGUGGUGGGGGUGCCAGGGGGGACAACGAGGAGACCCCAGACCAGCACAGAUCUCCUGAGGAAGGCUGAGGUGGCUCAGGAAAAGUGCUCGGCCCAUCCGGAUCUUCAGUGGCUGCUACUUUCCCUGGAGCCGCCUGGGGAUCUCCUCGGAUCAAUCGCAAACCCUGCAGUCCAGGAUGAGGUGUCCGAGGUCCUUGCCACAGGUGGGCCUGGCUCUGGUGCUCUGCACCUUCACUCUCCUCUGCCUCCUCCUCAGUCUGCACCUGUCACCACCCCAGUGCUGCCCCUGCCAGGAACUGAAAGAGCCACUGGACACCCCCGCGGCUCUGAUCUGGCUCCCCGAGCCAACCCUCCCCACCACGCCGGCGCCCUGCAGGGCCAACACUUCCCUGGCCCAGCUGCCAGACUUCGCUGAGCAGCCAAAGCACGUGCGCGACUUCCUGCUGCACAGACACUGCCGGGACUUCCCGCUGCUGCAGGACGCGCCUCUGAGCAAGUGCACACAGCGGGUCUUCCUGCUGCUGGUCAUCAAGUCCUCGCCGCACAAUUACGAGCGCAGGGAGGUGGUGCGGCGCACUUGGGGCCGAGAGCGGGCUGUGCGGGGCGGCUGGCUGCGCCGUCUCUUUCUGGUGGGCACAGCCCAAGAACCGCACGAGGCCCACAAAGUCAACCAGCUGCUGGCACUGGAGGCGAGGGUUCAUGGCGACAUCCUGCAGUGGGACUUCUACGACACCUUCUUCAACCUCACACUCAAGCAGGUGCUCUUCCUACAGUGGCAGGAGGCUCGGUGCAGCAAUGCCAGCUUCGUGCUCAACGGGGACGACGAUGUCUUUGCGCACACAGACAACAUGGUCUCUUACCUGCUGGACCACAACCCUGACCACCACCUCUUUGUGGGGCAACUGAUCCAGAAUGUGGGCCCCAUCCGGGCCCCCCAGAGCAAGUACUAUGUGCCAAAGAUAGUGACACAGGAGGAGCACUACCCGCCCUACUGUGGAGGUGGUGGCUUCCUGCUGUCCCGCUUCACGGCGGCCGCCGUGGGCCGGGCCGCCCGCACCCUGGACCUCCUCCCCAUCGAUGACGUCUUCCUGGGCAUGUGCCUGCAGCAGGAGGGCCUGAAGCCCGCCUCACACAGCGGUAUCCGCACCGUCGGCGUUAGGUCUCCCACAGCACGUUUGUCCUCCUUCAACCCCUGCUUCUACCGGGAGCUGCUGCUGGUGCACCGCUUCUUGCCCUAUGAGAUGCUGCUCAUGUGGAAUGCACUGAGCCAGGCCAACCUCACCUGUGGCAAGCAGGCGAGGGUCUAUGGAGGUGGUGCGGGGACCCCUAGCCUCUAGGCUCCUGUCUCCACCCCCAUAGGAAGGGGUUACAUCUUCCUCCCGGAAAGCUGAGAACUUUGUCCUCCGAGGGCCCAAGGGAGUGCCUCAGAAUGUUUGCUAGAGAAUAUGAAUACUUUUGUGGCAAGCUCCUACACAACCUUUGAAACUCACUCAGUACUGCUCAUACCAUGUUCAUCAUUUUCCCUAGACUCUCAGCUGGAGGGACCAUCUCUUUCCAUGGCAGCUACUGGCAGAAGCACUUCAGCCAGGGUUCCAGCAGCUGCUGCUCCUUCCAGCCCCUUUCAGUCAAAGUCCCACAUCCCUGCUCCAACCUUGAUCACGGGCUGGACCUUAAACAGUGGUCAGCCUCUCCUUGGUAGUGAACCUGCAGUGGUUUAAUCAUGGGUGUAUUCUGGGUAGGGUUCAAGGCCAACUAGGAAUUCCUGGGUGCACAUGCAGCUGAAACAAGAAGCACUUUUCAGCCAGGGAGAAGGGUUCACCACCCUUCCCUGGGCCUUGGGCCCCUUGGAGGGUAGGAAUGGCCUGAGAGGCCAUGCACAGACCGCCCCCUCUGUGCCUGUAGCAUCAGGUGCUCCAGUGGCAGACACAUUGGGCAGAGGGGGGAGGCAGCUAUCUUUUUCAGGCUAUAGUGACGCAGGGUCUGGGCCCCUGGCAGGACCAAGCCCCCACACCUGUGCUCAGGGAGCUCAGGGAACAGUAUUGGGACCAAGGUGCCUUCACAGGGCUCAAGGCCAGUGCAUACACUCACCCCAGUGCCCAGAGAAGGAGGUGGUUCAGGCCCUCGAGUGGCCCUGAGCUCUUGUGACUCUGGACUAGGUACCCACCCCAGUGUGUCUUUCUGACUUGGGAGAUCCAAGCAAACCCGUGAACCCCAGCCCUGCUGGCCUUAGACAGGUGUCUGGGACUUGGACCUCACAGUCAUUGGGGAGGUGACAGGGGCACUUAAGGCAGCAGAGUGAGGGCUGGAGAGUGGCUUCUCAGGGAAUAAAAGGUUUUGAGGAGGCCUGGAGGUUGUUUGGUUUGUUUGUUUGUCUUUCAAGUUAUUUACAAGUUUUAACUCAGACCAAUCUACAUUCUUUUGUAAAAGUCUCGUUUCCAGUAAAAAAUGUACACCAACAGACAAAGCGGGCUGCAAGGCCCUUGAGCACGCUGGCCACCCUCCCCCUCUCCCUGCUCACACACCUGCUGUGGCUCCCCAUCGCCCUCAGUUUACCACCCCCCCACAACUGGUUCUCACUGCUGGCUUGAUGACAGGCUCAGGGAGGAGAGGGUCAGCAUGAGCCCGACCCUGUCUGCAUGGACACUGGGCUCUCCUCCACCUCCUGCUUCUGGCAAGGCCCCUUCCCAGGCCCACCCAACCUCCUCUCCCCUGCCUGGCUCCCCUCCUCCCGCUGGGGCUGUAGCUCUGCUGUCCUCUCUGCCUCCUUCUUGCCCUCCUUUAAGUAGUGUGCACCUCCUGUGUGCUGCACUCCCUGCCCUGUUCUUUUACCCCUAGCCCCAUGGGAGGGUCGGCAGACACAAACCCACCUCAUGGGAAGGAGGUUAUAUUGUACAGUCCACAUCUUAGGAUGGAGGGAGGAUGCAAGUGAGAAGAAUGGUCAGCGUUGGCUCAAUAAAUAUCCACUGUGACCCAU